CCCAGUGGAACUCGGUCUUUUCUGAUUGGAACAUUCCCUAGGCGGGCACGCUUCUUUUUCGACAUCCGACAGUAACAGAAAUGACAAAAUGCUCUUUAUGAUGACACAGACCACCAUAUUUGACAAUAAUCUAAAUCAACUUUAGUGGUGUCGAAAUUCGGUCAGAAUGAUAGCGUUUAUUUAUUUUGUCGAUCCGUUAACAGUUCCGAAAACCCAGUGAGUUGUGUGCAAGUUAGAAUGGUGCAGUUGAGUGUUGAAAAUGGCAAGUAACGAUAGGUCAUCGAGCUCUCCAAACUUCCAUAACUUAUCGGAUAUGGCAUCGUCUUCGCAGGCUAGGCAUUCCUUACCGGCGAUAUCGGCUUCGGAUUCAUUUCAAAGAACCGUGGAAAGUGCUAGGUAUUUCCGGGACAAUCUGAAUAACGUAAUUAGAGAAAUUCAACCUCUGGUGGAAACCGCCCGUGCGGUCAACGCCGGCGUAAGCAUCUCCUUCACGUCUCGUUUAAAUCGACCUUCCUCUUCUUCUUCGGAUCCUCCUAAUAUUUUGCGUCAACAAUCUGCACCAGCCGAGGUAAAUCCGAGUUUCGUGGUGAAUAUUGAGGAACCAGAAGAGCCUAACGAUGCUAACACGCAUAUUAACCCAAACAACAGCGUGAACGAAGCAACAUCAUCGGAGGACACAAGCAACGCCUCCGAUGGGGAGAAUCUUCAAACGGUUGUGGAGGCCCAACAGAUGCUCCAGGUUGUUCUUAAGUACAUUCCAUUCAUUCUGAUCCUUCUUGCCAAAGGUAUUUACGAUUAUCACGAGGGCAUUUUUAUAAUUUUGAUAAUGUUGAUCACCUUCGCCAAUGCCAAUUCCACUGUUCGGAGAGAAGCCACGAAGAGGCACCGAAGGAGCAUAUCAAGUCUUGGGGUCGCUCUUCUAUACAUAGCGGCAUGUCUAUUGUUUAUUCACUUCAUUUUCGACGACGAGUUUCAGAAAUUCGACGACGUUUUGAACUUGGCACUCAUAAGAACUUUCCAACACCCAUUAACGGUGUGGAACUUGAUGUGGAUUGUCAUCGUAACUGACUUUGCCCUCAAACUUAUCACCAUCGUUAUCAAAAUCUUGUUCUCCAUGCUCCCAGGGAAGAUCCUAGCGUUCCAGAAAAGGGGUAAAAUCUACUUAUUGAUAGAGGCAUUCUCCCAGAUGUAUCGUAGCAUGGCUACCAUACAACCUUGGCUGUACUACCUUCUGGAAAGUUAUUCGGGACCUGAGAAAAUCGUUGCUGUCUUCUUAUCUGCUUUCUACAUGAUCUCCAAAGGUCCAGAUCUAAUGAGUCGGCUGAAGCUGUUCAAGACUGCCUGUUUCAAGUUGCUGCAGAAUGUGACGGUUGGUUCGGCGCCCACCAAGGAACAGAUCCAGACGGCCGGCGAAAACUGCCCGAUCUGCCACGACGAGUACGACUCUCCGGUGCUGCUGGAAUGCAGGCACAUCUUCUGCGAGAACUGCGUCACCACCUGGUUCGAUAGGGAGCAGACGUGCCCCCUCUGCAGGGCGAAGAUCGUGGACGACCCUUCAUGGCGCGACGGAUCCACGUCUUUCUUCGUGCAGAUCUUUUAGGGGGCGCGGACCUUUAGACCCCCCAUCUUCGCGCAGAUCUCGUAGGGUGUGCGGGCCUUUAGACGCGCACUUCGUUUUCAGACCCUUUAGGCGGUACCGACCUUUAGCCGAACGCCCCUAGGGGGGUAGGUUCGUUCUCUGCGCGUUUUAUCCCUCUUUUGUGUCGUCUAGUGUAGAGGAAACGGCGAUUGUCUGGGUUGCGUAUUUCGGUUUAGAGGUUAUGUUAGGUUAGGUCGGAGAAAGUCGGGCUCGUGAAGGUUGGAAAGCACCUUUAAAUGUUUUUUUUUUAUUCGGGAUUUCGAACGAUAUAACAUUUCCUGAAAGAGUCUAAAUUUUUUUUGUAUAUUGAAGAAGGUGCAUUUUUGCUGUGGCAGCAAAAUUUGGUUGUGCACAGACUAGGCUUUCGGUCCCAAAGAAUAAUCGUGGGUUUUAGAAAAGCGUUUUUAAACAUUCCCGAGAGAAAAAUUUUCGUUCCGAGAAUGGGUGAUAAUAUUAUAAUUUACACGUGAAUAUUUAUAUAUUUUUAUACAGCGAUUUAUUUCUCAAAUUGUAAAUAUCUGUUGUGGAGAUAGCUUCCCCUAAUAUAUUGCUUUAUUAUUUUUAUUAUAUUGUUGUCGAAAGUUUUAUAAAUCUGUAUAAAUAUAUUCUGUUGAAGAA